AAACUCUAGUUGUAUUAAAUAAAGCGACUAGGUGACGUGUCGAGGCCUGCGCGACUGCGUUUGCCACGUCUCCGCCGCCUCCUCCGAUUCUUUUACCCUAACUAAAUUUGCCGAUGUUGUCACUCAUCACCGAAGAAUGGCCGCCGAAACUAGCAUCAGGAAGCUCCCAUCUCUCUCCGGCCUCCGUCACCGACGUAAUCCACUGGAAGAUAAUCCCUACUUCCACCCCUCCAAUGGCUUCUACAUCACUCCUUCUGACGUCAUCCUCGCCCAGGUCGCCUACGACCACUCCGCCCACUCCCAAUCACGCGUGGCCUACCACAGGGCUGGGCCUCGCCGUGAGAUCAUGUACGAGCCAUCAGCUGUCAAGGCGGCGAUCGUUACGUGCGGUGGGCUGUGCCCUGGCAUGAACACAGUCAUAAGAGAACUCGUGGUGGGUCUUUGGGAGCUGUACGGUGUGAGAGAGAUAUAUGGGAUACCAGCUGGUUACAGAGGCUUUUAUUCCAUGAAAGCCGUCAAGUUAGAUCCCAAGGCGGUUCAUGAUUGGCACAAGAAGGGUGGCACUGUCCUCGCCACUUCUCGAGGUGGCUUCCAUCUCCAAAAGAUCGUCGAUGCCAUUCAUCUCAACGGUUAUAACCAGGUGUAUAUAAUAGGAGGAGACGGCACAAUGCGUGGGGCUGUUGAGAUCUUCAAGGAAAUCAGCCUCAGGAAACUGGAGGUGGGAAUCACGGUUAUUCCCAAAACCGUAGACAACGAUGUCGGCAUCAUUGAUAGAUCAUUUGGCUUUCAAACGGCUGUAGAGAUGGCUCAGGAGGCUAUAUCUGCUGCUCACGUGGAGGCCGAGAGUGCAGUCAAUGGCAUUGGACUUGUGAAGCUUAUGGGCAGAAGUACUGGUCACAUUGCUCUACAUGCCACUCUUAGCAGCCGUGAUGUGGACUGUUGUUUGAUCCCUGAGAUGGACUUCUACCUUGAAGGCAAAGGUGGGCUCUUUGAGUUUUUGGAGAAGAGACUAAAAGAACGUGGGCAUGCUGUUCUUGUUGUGGCUGAAGGGGCAGGUCAAGAGAUGAUCCCAAGAAAUGAAUCACAGAAACAAGAGAGGGAUGAAUCUGGCAACGCAGUUUUCUUGGAUGUGGGAGUCUGGUUUAAGUCCGUGCUCAAGGCCUGGUGGGAGCGAGAGCAUCCAGACGAGCUCUUCACUGUCAAGUAUAUCGAUCCGACUUACAUGAUAAGAGCUGUACCUGCAAAUGCUACGGAUAACUUGUAUUGUACACUCUUGGCCCACUCGGCUAUCCAUGGAGUCAUGGCUGGUUACACAGGGUUCGUCCCUGGCCCGAUCAAUGGGAACUAUGCUUAUAUCCCCUUAGAGGAGGUGGCACAGACUAAGAACCAAGUAAACACGCGUGACCACAAGUGGGCCUGGGUGCGCUCAGUCACAAACCAGCCUGAUUUUGAAACGAACGUUAAGGGUUAAUCACCCUGAGAACGAGCGUGAGGCGAAAAUCUUGUAAGCAAGUAAUAAUCUUAUUAUGUAUACAAUGAAACUAUCAAGGCAAUCUUAUGUCCUUAUCUAAAUAACAGUAAUUGUCAACAAGGGAACAAUGCUUGAUUUCUAGGAAAAAAAAGGUUGAAACAAAGUAUGUGAUCCUUGAACCUAUUUAUCCUAAUAAGCACAUUACUACAUAUUAUCCCAUGGCUCAUGCUUGUUGCUGAACCGUUUUCUUAAGCACAUAAGAGAGAGUGGUUGAGCA